UCCGCUGGCAAGCAGUAAAGUAAGAGGCAGUGACAUCAUUUCCACAACUGCUCUAACCCUGACGGACUUUUGAUCCUCUGCUAUUUAGCUGGAAUUUGUAUCCACGGGUUUCAGACGUCUACGACCACCACAGACUCACCAUUUAAUAAUUUCCCAAGGAUUUCCUUAUAAACCUUUUUCGUGAGGGGAUACAAUCAACAGAAGAUGCCUGCCGAUAUGAUGGAAAAAAACUCUUCUUCUCCGGUAGCUGCUACUCCUGCAAGCUUGAACACAACACCUGAUAAACCCAAAACGGCUUCCGAACACAGAAAGUCAUCCAAACCCAUUAUGGAGAAAAGAAGAAGAGCCAGAAUUAACGAAAGUUUGGGGCAAUUGAAAACAUUAAUCUUGGAUGCCCUGAAAAAGGAUAGCUCGAGACACUCUAAACUUGAGAAAGCUGACAUUCUGGAGAUGACGGUGAAACACCUCAGGAACAUGCAGCGCGCCCAGAUGACCGCUGCUCUAAACACCGACCCCACCGUUUUGGGAAAAUACAGAGCUGGAUUCAGUGAAUGUAUGAAUGAAGUCACCCGGUUUCUGUCCACCUGUGAGGGGGUCAACACCGAGGUCAGAACGCGGCUGCUGGGUCACUUGGCUAACUGCAUGACGCAGAUUAACGCCAUGAACUAUCCCACUCAGCACCAGAUCACCGCCGGCCCUCCUCACCCAACCUUCGCUCAGCCUAUGGUUCAGAUCCCGAGCGGAGCGACCGCAUCACAAGCCAACGUUCUGCCCCUCAGUGGAGUUCCCUGCAAAAGUGGGUCCUCCUCGAACCUAUCUCCUGAAGCCACAAAAGUAUAUGGAGGUUUUCAACUCGUACCAGCAACAGACGGACAGUUCGCUUUUCUGAUUCCCAACGCGGCGUUUGCGCCAAACGGCCCGGUUAUUCCCGUGUAUGCCAAUAAUUCCAACACGCCCGUUCCGGCUGCAGUGUCGCCCGGCGCACCGUCGGUCACCUCAGACUCUGUGUGGCGGCCGUGGUAAAGGGAGAAAAAAGACUGUUGAAAAGACUUUUACUUUUGAAACUUGUUCUCUUCGUUAAAUGUUACAUUUUCUUGUCUUUUUGUACCGAGAUUCGUUUUAAAUAAGAGAUUAUGCACUAUAUUUGUAUAGCUUAAACGAGAAAAAGUUCAUAUUGAAAUGAGAUUUGUAUUGUUGCAGUUCGUGCAUUUUUAUCUUUGUGCUAUCUUUUCUAUGUUAUGAUGCCAA